AUGUUUCUAGGUGAUUUUCCCCGUGUCUCCAGAUUCUCCAGAUAUCGCGAACACAGAACAGGGGGACAAUCACACACCAUCCCGAUUCCGUCCACCGGCAUUCCGGGCGAAAACACCCGGCUUGACGCUAGAAGAGGGGGUUUCGCCGAGGUGAAGCCGAGGAUGCACCCCUACCGACCGACUUGCACCGGAGGCUCGGAGGGAAGAUUAGUCGAGUUGGAGACCCAUGGGGUGGCAAUUCCGAAUCGGCCCGAUGGCAGAGACGUCGCAGCUCUUUACCACAAUCGGGAUGCCGAACGGACGGCGUGGGGGUUGGAAGGUCCAAUGAUGGAGAAGGAUCUCGGGCGAGUUCCGAUUACGUUGGAUUUCUCUUUCGGCCCGGCUUUUCUCGUGAGGCAGGAAAUGGGUUUAAGGGGUUAUGGAGUUGGGGAAAUGGGGGAUAUCAUUGUAAUUAACGCAAUUAUCUGGCGGUCGAAGAACCAUAUCACGUUGGAAGGGUUCAUUCUCUUCUACCAUCAGUUAGCAGUUGGUAGAGAGUCUGAAGGUUUCCCCGAAGUUUAUACCAGUCUGGGUCAGGGCCCGAGACCUCCAAAAUCGUUACAGCGCAAACUCAAGUCUGGUUGA